AUGGAGGAUACGUCGAAGUUAAAUACGUCGAAGCUCGGGACAAAAAAAUACUGGGAUGAUUUUUAUACUGUGGAGAAAUCAAACUUCGAGGAAAACCCAGAGGAUACCGGUGAAUGCUGGUUCGACGAUAGCAACGCUGAAGACCGGAUGAUCGAGUUUCUCCAAGACCAUUUGGGCGAGUAUUCUAUCGCCCAGGAUGCUUCGAUGAUAGAUCUAGGAACAGGAAACGGGCAUUUACUGUUUCAACUGCACGAGGAAGGAUUUCGCGGGAAGAUGGUGGGCGUUGAUUAUUCCGAAAAGUCCAUUGAGUUUGCCCGUGAGAUCAUGAAUUCCAGGUUUGAGGAAGAUAGUUCUCUUGAGUUUUCUGCUGCGGACAUCUUUGAUCCAAGCUGGGAUAUAUCUCAAUUCGACGUUGUCCUCGACAAAGGCACCUUAGAUGCCAUAGCCUUGAGUGGACUCACAUCACCAAAUGGGAAACCCAUAACUUCUGCGUACCCAAAGGUGGUCGAAAAAUUGAUGAAGAAGAAUAGUGUUUUUCUCAUCACCUCUUGUAAUUUCACGGAAACGGAGCUAAAGAAAAUGAUAGAAAGUCCGGUUUUACAAGCGUGGGAGACCAUACAAUACCCUGCUUUCAAAUUUGGGGGCCAAGUGGGGUCGGCGAUCUGUAGUAUAGCGUUUGUAAAAAAAUGA